GCUGGUGGGUUUGCAGUUUUCGUUUGAACGUUGGAGCAGCACGUUGAUAAAGAGUUUGAGUUUUGCAUUCCUUGUUCUCGCGAGCGGAUUCGUAGUCUUCUUCGGUAGCAUUGCUGGAUCGUUGUGGGAUCUCGAAAGUGUAGAUACGUAAAAAAAGUCUAAGAACUGGUUAAGAGCGGUGUCGUCGCCCCGUUACAACAGUUGAUCCGUUUUCCUUAUAUCAAAGCGAAAUCGAAGAAAAAGGUCGUCAUACGACCUCCAGCGAAACCUUUCAUCAGCGGACAUCUGUGGAAGCCCCCGACGAUUGUGAACAGAAUGCCGGAACCGGAGGGUGUCAAGCACAUGCUGGAGAUGGACAAGGAACUUCCGCCGAAGAUCGCUGAGGUUGCCGCCAAACAGGGCGAAGACCCGGAGAAGACCUGUCUCAAGAUUCAGCAGUUGCGGGAUAUGAUUUAUGAAUUGGGAGGAUGUGACCCACAUCGGAUGGACGACGACUACCUGCUAAGAUUCCUCAGAGCACGGUUUUGGAAGGUGGAGAAUUCUUACAAACUGAUGUGCCGGUACUACGAAUUCCGCGAGAACAACACAGAACUCUACGACAACGUGAAUCCCAUGACCUUGCGCUCGCUCGGAGAUGAUAACAUCAUCACAAUCUCGCCUUAUCGGGAUCAGGAAGGUCGACGGGUACUCUUCUUCAAAUUUGGCAACUGGCGACCUUCCAAGAUCCCGCUGACGGAUCUGUUCAAAGCAACGCUUCUGAUGCUGGAGGUGGGUUCACUCGAACCGAUAUCGCAGGUCGUUGGCGGAAUCGGCAUCAUGGAUCUCGAAGGACUCUCGCUGAACCACGCCUGGCAUAUGAGUCCUUCAGUUGCACAGAAGAUCAUCGCUCUGCUAGUGACCUGCAUGCCAGUGCGAACGACGGCGAUCCACAUCGUGAACCAAGGCUGGGUGUUCGACACCGUAUUCCAGAUGUUCAAACCGCUGCUGAACGAUCGGAUGCGGGAGCGGUUGUUCUUCCACGGUACCGAUCGAUCCUCUCUGCACAAACACAUCGAUCCGGAGUUCCUACCGGAACGGUAUGGUGGCACGAAACCGGAGUAUCCCUACACGUACUGGUUGGAUCACCUAUGCGGAGACGAGAAGGUGGUUCACGAGCUUGAACAGCUCGGCUAUGUGGCUGAUCCGGCCAGCGAAGAAUGACCAAAGCCACUCGUGCCAGCGAUGUGGAACGUGUCUGUGAUCUAUGAGUCUGUGACUGCUGCGCGAUUUGCAAUAAUUAGAUAGUGUUCAUGAUGGGGGGUAUUCCCAAUGUCUAGGGUAGCGAAAUUGCCAAAUUUGUGCCUUCGUAUACAGUUCGUAGAUGUGAAGUACGCAAGCCAUGGGUAAUUGCUCGGCUAGUUUUUUUUUUCAUAGGAAAUAGUCUACCUUAUACAAUUUAAUAAACGAUAUUCCUGACGUAGAG